GAGUGAACUCACUGUGGUGCACUGAUAAGAAGUUGCAUAAGAAGUUAUAAGAGAUUCAAACAGAAAAUGGCUGAACAAGCACAACCGGCUGCAGGCUCUUGUGCGAAAGCUCUCACAGCUUUUGUUGGAAAUGGAAAAUCUCUGCUGGACCUCGCUGAGAAGGAGAGCGGGGAAGUCUCUCUCCAGGAAUUCAUCAGGCAGAAAAUCCGCAUAGAGCAAAAACAGUCACUGCUGGGUCUGAUUGAGGCUGGUGCAGCUUUGUACAAAAGCCUGUCUGUUAGGAAGAAAAAUGAUAUGGAGGAUCUACUGCGGAAAAACACUCAAUGUGCUGCUCUGCAGGACGCUGUGCAGGACUUUCAACAGCUUGAGGUGCAGUGGGAUGCCUUUCUCCAGCGUUUGGAUGAUGAGUUACAACUGAACGCUAAAACUCUGGAUGGGCGGCUUCAGUCAAAGAGUAUUUCACCUGAUGUACCUCUCGUUGAUGCCAGAACAGGAGAAGCAGUGACAUUACAGAAAUAUCUCGGGAAAGGUAAAAAGAUUCUGCUGGUGUUAAUCCGACAGUUCUCCUGUCUGCUCUGCCGUCUUCACCUUCAGGAUUUGGAAAAGAAUAAGAGCACCCUUGAUGCGCACUCAGUGGAGGCGGUGGUUGUCUCGUUCGGCUGUCAGGAGGGAGCUUCACACUGGCUGCAGGAGACGAGCUGUCAGUUCGACAUGCUGUUGGACCCUGAUAGAAAGCUGUACGCCGCAUUUGGUUUGGGAGCGUCUCUGAAGAAAGUGUUAAACUUCAGUAACAUGCUGCGUUAUGCUGAAUACGUGGUGGACAAUUAUGAGUUUCCAAGAGGACUGGCAUCGAUUCAAGACGACAUGUUUCAGCUGGGGGGCGACUUUGUUUUGGACCAACAUGGGAGGGUGCUGUUCUCUCACUGCUGUCAGAGUCCAAUAGACCGACCCUCGGUGGAAGACAUUUUAUCUGCACAGUGAAGAUUAAACUCCUUCAUGCACAACAUUGAUUAAUUACAGAGAAUUAAACAGAAGUAACUAAACAGCAAGUUUAGGAUAAGAGUGACUUUUAGGCAGAGAUGUAAACUGAUUUAUACUGAAGCAUUUGUUGGAUUAAAAAUAUGAGAAUCAUGUAAAACAGAAAUGCAACGUUUUGUUUUUGUUUUUCUAUUGAAUGACAUGUUAUUGUACAAUGAAGUAAGUCUUAAUUUUGUAACAAAACUGAUGAAACUAAUUAACAACAUGAAUAUUCAAUAAAGACGUGUGGAGCAUGUUCGUUUUA